UGGGUUAACCCAUCCUAUAGUUGGGUCUGUUUCCAACUGGGGUUCGAAUAGCACCUCGACCUCUGAGAUACUGGACUCAUGGACCCCCUGAGACACCUGGACCCCUGAGAUAACAGGACCCCUGGGACACCUGGACCCCCUGAGAUAACAGGACCCCUGAGACACCUGGACCCCUGAAACACCUGGACCCCUGAGAUAACAGGACCCCUGAGACACCUGAGAUACCUGGACCCCUGAAACACCUGGACCCCUGAGAUGCCUGGACCCCUGAGACACCUGGACCCCUGAGCCACCUGGACCCCUGAGAUACCUGGACCCCUGAAACACCUGGACCCCUGAGAUGCCUGGACCCCUGAGACACCUGGACCCCUGAGAUAACAGGACCCCUGAGACACCUGGACCGCUGAGAUAACAGGACCCCUGAGACACCUGGUCCCCUGAGACACCUGGACCCCUGAAACACCAGGAUCCCUGAGACACCAGGACCCCUGGACCCCUGAGACACCAGGACCCCUGGACCCCUGAGACACCAGGACCCCUGAAACACCUGGACCCCUGAGACACCAGGACCCCCUAGACCCCUGAGACACCAGGACCCCCUAGACCCCUGAGACACCAGGACCCCAGGCCAUGCACCACACUGGAGGUGGCCGUUGGUUGUAACUGAUGUUGUGUGGCAGCGAAGAUUACCUUUAAAAGACAGUGUAUCAAGAAGUCCCACGUGUAUGAUUUGUGUGUUAUAAUUCAUAUACAUAUAUAUAUAUCCCAGUAAUUAUAUGCAAAUAGAGAUGGAGAUGUAUAACUGCCAGCCGUUGUUUGAUCGCCUCACACACGUAGUCCUCAAGACUGGCGCUCUCAACCACUUCGUUAAGAAAAAAUCUCCAUUGGAAAAGAUCAAAUUUGUUCUGGAAUCUGAAAUAAUAUACGAUUCAGAUAUGAAAAUUAACAUCAGGACUGAUAUUAAGGAUCUCCUGGAUGCCCUCUAUGAAAAGUGUGAUGACCAUGGAAAAUCUGAGAAAUUAGCCAUGCAAGCCAAAAAUAUAGGAUCAAAGGCUUAUCUUAAAAAGAAGGACGCAGAGGCUCUUAAGAACUUCACUGAAUGCUUGCGCUUGGCACCAGCAGACUCGUCACUGUUACCUUUAGCAUAUGCCAAUCGUUCUGCUGUACUUUUCCAAAUGGGUAAAUAUGAGGAAGCUCUCCAAGAUAUGAAUCGAGCCGAAGAAUGUGGAUACCCUGCAGCGCUUCGACACAAGUUGUUGACUCGUCGCUGUCACUGUUAUUUAAUCCUGGGUGAAGAAGAUCACGCCAAAGCAAGUUUAGAAGUGUGUAAGAGGCAUUCUGAACUUGUUUCUCCAGACUCUAAGGAAAAAUAUGAAAAGACAGUAGCAGACCUAGAAAAAAAAAUGGAUUCUUCUGGUUUUAAUCAGACCAAUAGGCAAGAAGUUUUAGGUCACCCUUCAUUGCUUAAGGGGGAGAAUGCAGUUGUCAAGUACAUGACGAGUGUAUUUGAAAUGAGAACAAGUGAGAAGUAUGGUCGUCACAUUGUUGCUACUGAUGCUGUGAGCAAGGGGUCUGUAGUGUUUGUAGAGAAGCCAUAUGCAGCGAUCCUUCUUCCAGAAUACCACAGCACACAUUGUCAUAAUUGCUUUACUCCAGCUACCAAUCCUGUGCCGUGCAAAUAUUGUUGUGAUGCUGUGUUCUGUAAGGAAGAAUGCCGCGAGUUAGGACGAGCCUGGCAUCAAUAUGAAUGUGGUAUUCUUCAUAUAUUAUCAUCAGUGGGAAUUGCUCAUCUUGCUGUCAGAGUUAUUCUUGUUACAGGAUGGAAGCAUACUUGUGAUAUCAGAAAUGAAGCAAUAGAAGGCAGAGUAGAAGGAGUAGGAGAAAAUGGUGUUUAUAAUGGUAAUGAUGUAUGUGAGGGAUAUCGAGCAGUGUAUCAUCUCAUGCCGCACUUUGAUAGCUGUCUCCCAGAGGAUCAGCUUCAGUACUGCCUGGCUGCAAUUCUUUUGGCAACUGCAGUUUUGGACAAAACAGAUUUCCCAAAACACAAUGAGGUUGAGAUGAUGAAUGAGGAUUGCCUUGAUGUAGCUCAUCUUGCCUCUGCAAUAAUGAGGCACAUAGCCCAGCUUGUGUCCAAUGCCCAUGCAGUGACUCAGAUCAUGGCAUCCAGCUGUGGGGAGAGGAGUAAGGUGGAGCAAGUGUCACAAAAGAGAAUUGCAUCUGCUAUUUAUCCCACUGCCAGCCUCAUGAAUCACUCGUGUAAACCUAAUAUUAUCAACAGUUUUCAAAAGGAUUUACUGAUAAUAAGGACAAUUGAAGAUGUUAACCCUAAUGACCAGAUUUUUAACUGUUAUGGACCACACUACUGCCGUCAGACACGUCAAGAGAGACAAGAGUCUUUAAAGCGACAGUAUUUUUUUACUUGCAAGUGUGUACCAUGCACCCAACCUGAAUACUUGCAGAAGGAGGCAAGCUGGAGUGGGUUUUGUUGUGAAAAGUGUAGAGGUGUGUUAUCUUGGAUGGGUGAAAAUGAUCCCACUGGCUCUGAUUUAGCUGAGAGUGGAGGAGUGUUUCUGUGCCUCAAGUGUCACACACUGCAGAGGCCAUCAGCACACCUUAUGGACGUGUGUGCUAAGGUCAACUCUUUACAUGAAGCUGGUGAGGAGGCUUUGCAAAAAGGUGAUGUACCAGGUGCUGUGACUCUACUUAGGAAUGCUCUCUCAAAAGGUUCUGAAGUGUACCUGCCAGAAAAUCAAUACUUCACUUCAGUUCGAGACACACUUGCGUGUGCCUUGAGUGAUUUAGGUGACUUUAAGAGCUGUUGUUUGGAACUGAGAGAAUGUCUUCGAGUAGUAGAAUCACGUUAUGGGUCCAAGAGUAUUGAGUUUGCGCAUGAAUUACUGAAGUUCUCAGAUGUGCUAACACUGGCUUCUGCUUCAAAUGACAAACUUAAAGAUGAAGUUGAAGGUGUGAAGAGCAGAAUAGAUGAAAUUUUCACUUUAAAUUAUGGACCUCAGUGGAAGAUGUAUCUUCAGAUGUAACAUUAUAUUUCAAUAAACAUGUCUAGCCAAC